UAGAGCUGGAAUAUCAAAACGCGGCGAUGGCUCACCAGAGCAAAAUGCAGCAAACUGAUAUUGUGUCAACAUUAGCAUACACCCGAUGGAGACCGAGGCGAUCUGCGAUACAUAUCAAUGCCUUCCUUGCGGAUUAGUUGUUGUUGAAACCUGUUGAUGUCAUAUUCCAACACAUGGAUAAAUACUAUCGACCCAAAUAUAACUUACAACUAAUAUUAUACGCGAGGACACCAUUGCGAUAAAGGCUGCUAACACCAGGUUAGCGUGUUGAUUUAACACCGACUCGGGUGGAUGGCCAUCGUUCGUCGUUCGUACAAUAUUGCUACAAAUCGUUGCAUUUCCGUUUGUGCGUUAUCUGUGGUAGCGGCAACCCCCCCCCAUCAAGUGGUCACAAUACAGUGUUGAAGAUGAACUCGCUUUAUUUUAUAAAGAGUGCCAAAGAGAACACGGUAGACCAAAAACGACACCCAACAAGCAGCCCGCCAUGGCUUUUCCAAGUGUCUUAAUUGCCUCCCUGGCGGCUCACCGUGGACCAAUUCUAGACAUUGUGACUAUCCUAAAUGGUUCAUACACAGGGGCUGGGCUGGAGCCUAUCCCGGCUGACUUCUGGCAAAUAUGACCAAAGUGAAGCAGGUGGGUUUGCUGGCAGCAGGCUGCCAGCCCUGGAAUAACGACGUGUGUGCUGCCAGUGGAGACCGCUUUGCCUACUGUGCUACUCUUGCCAUAUACAUUUACCAGUUGGACCAGCAAUACAAUGAGUUCAAGUUGCGGUCCAUAAUGUCAGAACACAAGAAGACCAUAACAGCCAUAAGUUGGUGUCCUGAUAACCCUGAUCUCUUUGCGUCGGCCUCGGCUGAUAACCUACUCAUCGUGUGGAACGUAGCUGAGCAAAAGGCGGUAGCACGACUGGACAACACGAAAGGAAUCCCUGCAGCUGUCAGUUGGUGCUGGAAUUCCACUGAUGGAGUGGCGUUUGUCUCCCAGCGUGGUCCGCUGUAUAUUUGGGUUUACGGGAAUUCUGACCAUGGCGUCACAGUGCAUAAAGAGGCCCACUCUUUCUUGUCCGAUAUAUGUCUCUUCAGAUGGCACCCCACCAAGAAGGGAAGACUCGUAUUUGGACACACUGAUGGAAGUUUGUCUAUUUUUCAGCCAGGAUGCAAGAGUCAAAAGCAUGUGUUGCGCCCCGAGUCUUUAGAGGGGACAGACGAAGAGGACCCAGUCAGUGCUCUGGAAUGGGAUGCCUUGUCUACAGACUAUUUAUUAGGUUGGGAUCGUUCAAAACCAUUGUCCAACCUCAAUAAUGGCAUCAGGCUGGUGGACAGCGAGGCCUUGGCUUGUAUCACAUCCUUCUGCUUCCCCUCAGCUGCUGCAUCAGUUCAGUGUCUUGCUUGGGUACCCUCGGCCCCAGGCAUGUUCAUUACUGGAGAUUCCCAGGUUGGAGUAUUGCGGAUAUGGAAUGUGUCUCGCUCCACUCCUUUGGACAGCAUUAAACUCAAGAAGACUGGAUUCCAUGCUUUACAUGUCCUCAACACCCCUCUUGCCAAAAAAGCUCAGAGUUCCUGUUCUCCCAGUAAAAGUCAGCACACGAGCUCGACCAGUGAGGCAGUACCCCCCCCCACCCUUUCACAGAGCCGGUCCUUCUCUUUGCCUCCUGGCCAUGCAGUGUGCUGUUUCAUGGAUGGAGGGGUGGGACUCUAUGACAUGGGCGCUAAGAAGUGGGACUUCCUCCGUGACUUGGGUCACGUAGAGACCAUCUUUGACUGCAAGUUUAAACCUGAUGACCCAAACUUGUUGGCCACGGCAAGCUUUGACGGAACCAUUAAAAUCUGGGACACAAAUACUCUUACAGCCGUUUACACCUCCCCUGGCAAUGAAGGAGUGGUGUACUCCCUGUCAUGGGCCCCAGGGGACUUAAACUGCAUCGCAGGGGCAACAUCUCGCAAUGGAGCUUUCAUCUGGGACGUCAGGAAAGGAAAGAUCGUCACCCGCUUUAAUGAGCAUGGCAAAAAUGGUAUAUUUUGUAUAUCGUGGAGUCAUAAAGAUUCAAAGAGGAUUGCAACUUGUAGUGGUGACGGAUUCUGCAUCAUUCGGACCAUUGAUGGUAAAGUCCUUCAUAAGUACAAACACCCGGCGGCAGUUUUUGGCUGUGAUUGGAGUCAGAACAACAAAGAUAUGAUUGCCACUGGUUGUGAGGAUAAGAAUGUUCGUGUGUACUACUUGGCCACCAGUUCAGAUCAGCCUCUCAAGGUCUUCACCGGACACCUAGCGAAAGUAUUUCACGUGCGCUGGUCUCCACUCAGAGAAGGAAUACUCUGUUCUGGAUCAGAUGAUGGUACUGUUCGUAUUUGGGAUUACACACAAGAUGCGUGCAUCAAUGUGCUGAGUGGUCAUACAUCUCCAGUCCGAGGCCUCAUGUGGAACACAGAGGUUCCAUACCUCCUCAUUUCCGGUUCUUGGGAUUAUACAAUUAGAGUUUGGGACACAAGAGAUGGGACUUGCUUGGAUACGGUGUAUGACCAUGGUGCUGAUGUCUAUGGUUUAACGUGCCAUCAGAGUCGUCCAUUCACCAUGGCCAGUUGUAGCAGAGACAGUACAGUGAGACUUUGGUCUCUGACUCCCCUCAUCUCUCCUCUGCUGCUAAACAUCCUCACCAACCAACCCUGGGAGAAGAUCAUAGGAAACACUGAUACAGCUAUGGUUCCUGGCUCUCCACCUCUGCUCUGUGGUAAAGUCUCGAGAGACAUCAAACAGGAGCUGGAGAAACUAAACUUUGACACCACAACCAAGAAGCUGCGCUGGUUCUCGGAAUGCUUUUCGCCCCCAGGGGGCAGCAGCAACCUGUGGGACCUGGUAUCUGUCAUUAUGGGGCAGGACGACUCACUGCUCCCGGGCAGCUACAGCAGGGGUGUGAUGCACAUGAAGCACCUGCUGAAGUUCAAAACAUCUGAAGCACAGGAACUGACCAUCAUCAAGAUGUCUAAAUUUGGGGGUGGUAUCGGUGCGCCCAGUAAAGAAGAGCGCCUCAAAGAAGCAGCAGAUAUUCAUCUGAGGCUGGGACAGAUUCAGCGAUACUGUGAAUUAAUGGUGGAGCUUGGGCAGUGGGAGAAGGCCUUAGCUGUAGCACCAGGAGUAUCCAUGAAGUAUUGGAAGAAACUGAUGCAAAGGAGAGCUGACCAGCUGAUGGCGGAGGAUAACGAUGAUGCAAUCCCAUACUGCAUUGCCACAGCAGACGUAAAGAAACUUGUGAGCUUCUUCACUGGCAGAGGACAACUGCUUGAGGCCUUACUCAUUGCACAGGGCGCAUGCGAGGGGAACAUCCGGCCACCUCAAACUUCAGCAAUCAACCACGCAACGAAUGAUGUGGAUAACAGACAACAGUAUCAAAGCCUUCUUCAUAAUGUAUGUGGACAACUGGCUGAGUGGUAUUUCCAAGAUGGCUGCUCUGUCCUGGCUGCAUGCUGCCACCUCGCAGUGGACAAUGUCAAGCUCGCCAUGUCUAGUCUGAUCAGAGGUAACGAGCUGGAGCUGGCUGCAUGUAUGGGUGUAGUUCUUGGAGAGGCAGUGGAGCAGAGCACAGCCUACUGCCUUGAGCUGCUGGCCAGGAAGUACAUGACCCCGCCGACAUGGGAGCUCUCAGCUGACAUACUUGGAAUGAUUCCUGAGAACCAUGUUUUACUUGCGAAGGUGUGUGCAUAUUUCACAGGAAGUGCUUCAGAAAUCACCCAAUUACGUGAAAGGUGCUGCCUUCCCUCGCUAGAGGAGUGUAAAGCUUUGGCAGAGGAAGCCAUGUGUGACGGAGAUCUGUUUUCCGCUGUUAAAUUUCACCUGCUGACCUCUGAACCUGAAAACGCCCUGAAGAUAGGGAUCGAUCAUGUCAAAGAGCAGCUGAGUGGAUCUGAUUGGAUCGUGGACAGUGUUCAUCCAAUCCUUGACUUGCUGAGUUAUAUUAGAAGUGACCGCCUCCUGAUGGCCAAAUUCACAGAAGCUCGCAGUGAGCUGUUGAUCCUGUGUGGUUACAUCGGAGGUCUGCUGGCCAUACGGAGACAGUACACCAGCAUCGUACCUGCGCUCUAUGAAUACACCAGUCAGUUGCUAAAGCGGAGAGAAGUGAGUCUUCCUCUGAAGAUUGAGCAGCUGUCGACGGAGCUGGAUGCCUGGCAGGCAUGCACUCAAAGUAAUGGCAACCCGCCAUCAGAGAGUCAAAAAGAAACCUUCCAAUGCCUCGGGAGGAGAAUCCUGCCUGUCAGCACAGUCUUGUGUGGUGCUGAUUAUGUAACAGGUUCCAAUCUGCCGAGCCACUCCGAUGUGCAGCUUUCCUGUUUCACUGGUCACAGAAUACAGGGUCCUGUAUUUCUACUUGAAGAUGGCAAAUCAGCCAUUUCCCUGAAUGAUGCUUUAAUGUGGGCAAAAGUCAACCCCUUUUCACCGCUCGGAACAGGAGUUCGCAUCAACCCCUUCUAACACGCGCUGCACCUACGCAACACGUAAAAGUGUUACCGCUGGCAAAAUAUGACUGAGCCAACGAAUGUGAAACCCUUUCAUGUAUUUGGGAUUCUAUAAAGAUGACAUUUUUUAAGUUCCUGUUUUUUAGUCGCUGUGUCAGAACCAUCACUUAUUUUUUGAAGGGAAUACGCAAUAUGUUUGUCUCUAAAUGACAGUAUUCACACGAUUUUAAAAGAAUGAUUUUCGAAAGAAUAUUGAAAUAAAUGUAUCAUUUCAUGGUCUGUGUUGUUCAGUCACAGUCGAAUGAAAGCAGCACAAUAACAUUGGUACGAGUUUGCACGGUUGAAAAGAGGGCGCUACCAGACGUCUUUUUGGAUGUCAAAAUGACAAAACAUGUUACAUAAAUAAUGUCAUAUUUAAGCGGUCUCAUGUUACAAUAAGGUUGAAGUGCCGAAAAACUGCAAUCUGAGGCGGGAUGUCGAACACGGGAGCGAACUUUAUUCUUUUACAGAACGUCAACUCACACUCUUCACUCUGUAAGACAAAACAACACACCGGAGACAACAGCAGAGCCCCCUUCCCUCAGGCUCCCCCCUCCGGGUGGCAACUGCUCCCCCAUCAAUAGUGGAGGGUUCAAUUAUGUACCAGCAGCCGAGCACUAAAAGGUAUACAAAAAUACAGUAACUAAUGAGGACUGGCUCGUAAGUUCGUUCCUCAUCAAUAAAUACAUUUGGGCACCUUACUAUAUAAUAAUAAUAAUAAUAAUAACAACAAUAAUAAUAAUAAUAAUAAUAAUAAUAAUAA